UGCUCUUUGCCGCCCUGUCCGCGGGGAGAUGCAUGCCCCUGCAGCAGGCGCCCAGCCGCAGCAAGCUGCUCCUGGUGUCCUUCGACGGCUUCCGCUGGAACUACGACCAGGACGUGGAGACCCCCAACCUGGACGCCAUGGCUGCCGACGGCGUGAAGGCCAAGUACAUGACUCCCCCCUUCAUCACCCUCACCAGCCCCUGCCACUUCACGCUGCUGACCGGGCGGUACCUGGAGAACCACGGGGUGAUCCAUAACAUGUGGUUCGACACCAAAACGGGCGUGAAACUGCCCUACUACACCACGCAAGGCAUCAGCAGCUGGUGGGACAACGGCAGCCUCCCCAUCUGGAUCACUGCCCAGAGACAGGGUUUGAAGACAGGCUCUAUCCACUUCCCUGGAACCAAGGCGAAGUACCAAAAGGAAGAAGUGUUCAAGAAGUUGGUGGAACCCGCUUUGUUCAACUACAGCAACGAAGCCAACUGGAGGCAGAGCAUCGACACCGUCAUGCAGUGGUUCACGGUGGACAACCUCGACUUCAUCACGCUCUACUUUGGGGAGCCAGACUCCGCAGGACACAAGUUCGGCCCUGAAUCCCCACAGAGGAAAAACAUGAUCAAGCAGGUGGACAGAACGGUCGGUUACUUGAGGCAGCGGAUCCGGGAAAGCGGCCUGGAGCCAAACCUCAACCUCAUCAUCACGUCCGACCACGGCAUGGAGACCGUCGUGAAAACCGACGAGAUCCACCUCCGCACCUUCAGCAACUUCUCGUUCAAAGACAUCGCCUUCGAACUCCUGGAUUACGGACCAAACGGCCUCCUGGUGCCAAAGGAAGGGAAACUGGAGCACGUGUACUCCGUCCUGAAAAACGCCCACCCAAAACUGCACGUUUUCAAGAAGGAAGAGUUUCCAAAGAGGUUCCACUACGCCAACCACUCCCGGAUCACCCCACUUUUGAUGUACAGCGACCCAGGCUACGUGAUCCACGGGAGGUACAAGGUCCAGUUCAACAAGGGGGAACACGGCUUUGACAACGAGGCCAUGAACAUGAAAACCAUCUUCCGAGCCGUGGGACCCGCCUUCAAGAAGGGGCUGGUGGUGGAGCCCUUCGAAAGCGUCAAUGUCUACGCCCUCCUCUGUGAGCUGCUGGGCAUCACCCCCGAGCCCCACGACGGCUCCCUGGAGGUCACCAAGCCCAUGCUGAGAGAACCCGGUGACAGUGGCAGUGGCGGUGACAAUGGCAAUGGCGGUGACAAUGGCAAUGGCGGUGACAAUGGCGGUGGCAAUGGCGGUGACAAUGGCGGUGACAAUGGCGGUGACAAUGGCAAUGGCAAUGGCGGUGACAAUGGCGGUGACAAUGGCAAUGGCGGUGGCAGCAAUGUGGCAAUGGGCACCGGGGGCAGCAAUGGGCACCGGGAGUGCACCGGGAGCACGCCGGGGGUGGCAAUGGGCACCGGGAGCUCACUGGGAGCGCACCGGGAGCGGCACCGGGCACCAGGCGCGGCACCGGGAGCGGCACCGGGCACCGGGAGCAGCACCGGGAGCGGCACCGGGAGCUCACCGGGAGCGCCACCGGGCACCGGGCGCGCUCCGCUCCGCCGGGAUUCCCGCGGGAACAGCGACACCUGGCGGCCGCCGCCGCUCCCGCUGCCGGUUCCGGUGCACCGGGCCGUGCUCCCGCCGCCCCCUCCGCCGCUGGGCCCCCGCGCUCCGUAA